AUGGGAGAAGAAACGAAAAGGUAUGCAGUAGUGACAGGUGCUAAUAAGGGGAUUGGCUAUGGAAUAUGCAAGAAAUUGGCUUCAAAUGGUAUUGUAGUGGUGCUUACAGCUAGAAAUGAGAAAAGGGGUUUGGAAGCUGUGGAAAAAUUGAAAGAGUUUGGACUCUCAGACUUUCUGGUUUUUCAUCAACUUGAUGUGACUGACCCUCCAAGUGUUGCUACUUUAGCACAUUUCAUCAAAACCCGAUUUGGGAAACUUGACAUCUUGGUGAACAACGCAGGUGUUCCUGGGGGAAUAGUAAAUGGUGAGAAUUUUCAAAAUUAUUUGUUGCAGAAAAGGGGUGAAUUGUCAGAUUGGAAUCUAAUAUUGUAUCAAAAUUACGAGUUAGCCAAAGAAUGCGUUGAAACGGACUUCUUUGGUGCAGAGAGAGUAACUGAGGCUCUUCUUCCCCUCCUCCAACUAUCCACUUCACCCAGGAUUGUCAAUGUCUCUGGUCAAAUAGGACUAUUGAAGAACAUACCAAAUGAGUGGGCAAGAGGAGUUUUUAGUGACAUUGAGAACCUUACAAAUGAAAAACUUGGAGAAGUGCUUAGAGAGUUUCUAAGAGAUUACAAAGAAGGAUCACUGGAAUCCAAAAAUUGGCCACUUGUCGUUUCUGGUUGCACCAUGGCAAAAGCAGCUAUAAAUGCCUACACAAGGAUGCUGGCUAAGAAGUUCCCUCAUUUUCUCAUAAAUUGUAUAUGCCCUGGCUCUGUCAAGACUGAUAUAAACCAUCAUAAUGGCUUGGUAAGCAUUGAUGAAGGUUCUGAAAGUCCUGUUAGGCUAGCAUUGUUGCCACAUGAUGGUUCUUCUGGCCUCUUUUUUUCAGUGGAUGAGGUGAUUCCUUUUUGA